AUGAAAUACCUUCUUUUCUUUCUCCUCUCGUCUCUCUUGUUUCUGAGCAAGGCCGUUGUGGCCCUCAAACAAUCCAAACCCUCGGAGACGCUCUACUUUUACCAAGCCUAUCUGGUCGAAUUCAAGACAAGGGAUUCCAAACGGCGAAUAAUUGCAAAACUAUGCUCAAAGACUGAUACUCCCUGCACAUACCCAGCAUUUCUGAAGUUUAUUUUGUCCAAAGAAUCAUCGAGAGAAAUCUUCGAAAACCCAGAAUUCAAAGCAAUCAGAACAAUCAUCGAGACAGCCGAUACGACCGAUGUCAUAACCACAUCUCGGAAACUAAGGGAGAAGGAUUUUGACCCUGAAUAUGAUCUCUCCAAACUUCUCGAGGGCACAAGCAAAAAAUCACAAUUUGGUCCUGUCUUCGAAAAGAUAGAUGGGCAGAUCAGGGAUCAGCUAGAUUCUGACAAGGUCGCGGAGCACAGAAAGCCUAUGGCAGAAGGGCUAGAUCUCAUUCAGCACCACCGCAUCGCCGACAACACGGUGAAAUAUUUUAUCCCGGAGCUCGAGAGAGAGUUAGGGAUCAAGUUGGAAACUCGGCCAACGAGUACCCCUGAUGGUUUCGGAUAUCAAGCCUAUGAUACAGAAGCGACAGUCGCGAAACUGAAUGAGUUGGCGAAAAACGAGGCCGAUCCAGAGAAGAAGGCAAAGGCCAUCGCGGACGCUGAAGGUCUGGCACCCAAGAUGCAGAAGCUCGUUACGAAGAUGCGUUCGCCAGAAUAUAAAAAGGAUGUUAAGGGUAAUAAGGCGCUUGAUUCCUUUAAGAGGCACCAGGCUGUGAUUUUCCGAGCGAAGAACACCUUGAAACUAUUAAAAAAAUUAGAAACGCCUGGAAAAUGCUGA